AUGGCGGACAAAUUCGCAGGAGUAUUAACAAAAUGGUAUCAGGAUCAGGGCGCAAGUGGGGGGCCAAGUGGUCAAGAUGGCGGCUAUGCAGAAUUGGAGAAACUAAUGAAGGAAAUGCUUGCUGAAUUAGGGAGAGAUAUGGAUGACAGCACCCCAGACCACGAAGUGGCAUCUGCAUGUGCAAAUGCGGGAGAGAAGUAUCCCGGCCAGGGGAUGACUCAGGACAAAGAAAUCUGUAAAGCGCUUGUGAAAGCAUUAUACUGGAUGAAUGGACGGAGUAGGGGGUCUGCAGGAACAAAGGGAGAUGAUGGAGCAGGGGGGCAAGGUCUGAAGGAUCUGAAGCAAUAUUUAAGGUGUAUAGUAGGUUACAGUGCUAUGAUAAAACUCCUCAGUAAUAAGUGUGAAGUGCAGAAAAUUAUGGUAGCUGUUGAAAAUGCUGAAGCGAGUGUAGCAGGGGGAGGGAAUGAACUCCUUAGUGAGAAGUGUAAGGAUAUCAAAUAUGAGGAUAUUGCAUUAAGUGCCCAAAUUCUGGGGGAACCUUUGGCAGAGUGGGUGCGGAAUUUGAAUAGAGCUGGGAGUAUGAUGAGUUUAUACAUUAAUUGGAGACUCUGCCCAUCGAAUAUGAAAUGGGAACAUGGACAAAUGAAGGAAGGUGAAGAUGAAAAUAAGGAAAUUCUUCAAUUGUUAAAAGAGAAGAAGGCCAGGGAAUUACACAAAAAAGUUUAUCCCCCGGGGAGUUCAGCGUCUGCCAGUGGAAGUUCAACUUCACAGGAUAACAUAUUAAAAAAAGUUCUCGAGGACGCAGCAUCAUGUUCAUCAGGAUCAGUACCAGGAAAUGGUGACAUGAAGAAGUGCCUAAAGGAAAAACUGGAAUUAGAAGUAGCUGAAGUAUGCAUGAAAAACAGCAGCAACGAUUUUUGCAGGCGCUUGCAAUGUGCAGAACAAUAUUGGGAAUUGAAUAAGAACGAUAAGCAGAAUAGUCAGAAUUUUUGGGACGACUAUGUCAAGCCCGAACUUGGGAAAGUCCUUCCUACUGCGGCACAUAGUAAUGAUGGCUCCACUCCUGACCAUUGCGACAGCGCGAAAGGCUUAGAUAAUGCAAAUAAAGAAGCUUGCACUCACAUGACAAAAUUGUUGAAUGCGAUGUACCAAAAUUCAAAUAGUGACCCUAACAAAUAUUCUGAUCAAAUUAUAAAUUGUCUUUUAUUAAAUGCUUAUGCUAUAAAGUUAAAAGACGAAGCCAAAAAAAAAGGUUAUUGUGACAUAGACAAGGGGCUACAGGAGGCUUUCACAAAUGCUGGGAAGGGCAAUAGUAGUAACAAUGAUGUUCCCUGCCAAUGGAAUGAAAAAAUCCUUGAUACUUGCCAAAGUGCCACCACCCCCAACGACAAGCUAAAGGACAAAGUGGAAUCAAUGCUUAACACCAACGACCAAGGCAAUGAUGACGGAAUACAAGAAACCUUGAUUGCCUUCAAUAAGAACAGUGAGUUAUGUGAACGAGUAAAAUGUGCACUGAAUUGGUAUAAGAACAACAACGUAAAUGGGCACGGGGCGCCUGAGUGGGAGGAAGUAUGGAAUAAAGUCAAAGAGGAUGUCACCUCACUUGGACAAUCCAUGUCCAAUACGGACAACAGUCUGAACAGCCACUGUAAUGAUCUGGACAACAAGAACAAAGAAAUGUGUCUCCUCUUUGCAAAAGGAUUAAACCACAUGUACAAGGAAACAGAUGCUAAGGACGAUCCUAUGAAGUUGUUUAGACGAACUAUGAUGUGUGCAGCACUAAAUGCAUACGCCAAAGAAUUAAAGGAAGACGCGAACAAGAAAGAUAAAUGUGACAUAGGGGAGGGUAUAACUCGCGCUUUCAACAAAAGUAAUGACAUUAUGGAGAAAGCAGCAGCUACAUGCAAAGAUCCUAAGGGUGCUAACUGUUUUGUUUGCAAGGAAGAAAAUUUUGAUAAUUGCCAAAUUACCACAAGUGGCAACACUGGCGGCACUGAGGAUGUAAAUAACGAAUUGGAAGCCAUGCUUGACGAAGAAGACACCGGACUGAAGGACGCUUUGGACAAAAUAUGUUUACCAUGUCUAGAUAGUGAGAAUUUAUGUGAGCGUGCAGGAUGUGUAGCUAAAAGAUGGGUAGAAAACGGGAAUGCACAGAAUGGCGAUAACUUAUGGAAAACGGGCAAUGGUGUAGGGAAGGAAUUAAAGGAACUCUCUGAGAAGAUGAAAGGAAACAAAGGGGAGGCUGAAAAGCACUGUAAGGACCUCAAGGAAGAAGAAAAGGUAGUAUGCGAGCUCAUUGCUUCAGGAUUAAAGAGUAUUUAUGAAAUUGAGGCAGAUAAAAACAGUGGGGGAAAGAUCACAAAGAAGGCUUUAGAGGAUCAAUUAUUUAAACGUACCAUGCGCUGUGUUUUAUUAAAUGCUUUUGCUGAUAAAUUAGAACAACUUCCAUGUAGUCAAGAGAAGAAAGUAAAGGACGCUAUAGAUGAAGCAUUUAAAAAGAGUGAUGAAAUUAAGGAUCAAACUUCUCCCUGCAAUAAUGAUGGUGAUAAAUGCUUUAAAUGUGGUAGGGAAUCCAUUAUGACUUGCCAAAUAAACAGCGAAGACGUGAAGACUAAAUUAGACCCUUCGUUCACGUCGGACGAAGGAAUAAAGAAAACGUUGAAGGAAAGUGAAGACAAAAUAUGCAAACCAUGUAAAGAGGAUAACUUAUGUGAACGUCUACAAUGUGUAGCAAAUAAAUGGAAAAAGAAUAAGGGAGAAAACGGAACGGUUACUUGGGAUGAAAUGAAGGAUGACUUUGGAGCAGAGUUAAAAGCACUGCUGGAUGAAAUGAAGAAAAAUGAGAAUCAAGACGCCGUUGCAAAAGAGUACUGCACCGCAGACAAAGACGGCAACACAUGGAGCGAAAGCGAUGCCCAUGGCGUCGCUAACAAGACUGCUUGCAAGCUUGUUGCACGGGGGCUGCAACAUAUUUCGAGCAUUCAAAAGAAAUAUGAGGGGGAGGAGAAAAACCCUUAUGAUAACCAAGAGUUUAAACAAAUUGCUUCUUGCUUAAUGUUAAAAGCCGUCGUACGGAAAAUGAAAGAACAAAGUCCUAUUUGUUACAUAGAACCCGGCAUAAAGAAGGCAUUCGAGUCUGCAGACAAAAUUAAACAAGAAAAAUGCAAAAAUAAGACACCUUGCAUUGUGUGCAAUUGGACCGACGACGACUAUAACCAAUUUGGUAGUUGCAAAGUUGGCACAGAGGAGAUAAAGCCUAAAUUGGACAAAUUGCUCAAGGACAAUGAUUCCAUCGUCAAUACCGCCCUCAUGGACAUAACUACCACAGCCGGAAACAAUAAUUCUAAUUUAUGUUUCCGUUUGCAAUGUCUAGCAUCUCGAGUGAAGGCAUCCACCAAUGGGCAGAACUUCUGGACGACAAAUGGCGAAGUAGGACAACUGUGGACACAAUUGUCCACAGAAAUGAAGACAAAUAAGAACGACGAAGCUAAAUGUAAAACAAUGGACAAUGGCACCACUGGUGCCACUGUCAAUGGCAGACCUGCCACCGACCCUGAAAAAAAGGCAUGCCAAUAUCUUACAGCAGGUUUCAACAAACUAAAAACUAUUUCGACGACCCCAACGAAUGGAGGAAACAACAUCUUGGAUAAGCAUCCAUCGUUGAAGCAAACAGUGGGUUGUUUAUUACUUCACGCUUAUGCAAAACAAAUGAAAGAAAAAUCAAAAUGUGUCAUUGAUUCUGGUAUAGUGAAGGCAUUCAAGGUAUGGAAUGAGAGUACUAAUGGUACUUGCAAUGGCAAGGGACAAUGUGUCCCUUGCCCAUGGAAAGAAUCCGACUAUGACAACUGCUCAAUUACCACAAAUGCCACCACCAAAGAGAAGACGCCAGCAAAGACCAAAGUUGAAGGCAUUGUGACUGCGGAAUCCGUACCUAAAGCUAUGGAGGACAUAAAUAAAAUGCAAAACUUAUGCGAUUAUAUUAAAUGCGCCGCACCUAAUUGGUUCAAGAGCAAACUGCCCACAACCACGAAUGGAGGUGUUAAUACUGGUACUCCUGGUACUGCAACCACGACUUGGUGUGACUUCUGGGAUACGACUGUUAAAGGCGCACUGAGGACGAUGUUCGAACACAUCGAGAAGGAAGGAAAGAACAACAAGGAUGGUGUAUGCACCACCUUUGGUGAUGAAAAUCCACAAAGUGUUGAAAGAAAAGCAUGUAAUCAUAUCACGGCAGGGUUACAACACAUUAAAGACGUUAAAGGGGACGCUAAUGGUAGUACCCAGCCGAAUGCAGAGGAUGAUGAUAAGUUCCUUAAACAAACUAUGAUGUGCGCAGCACUUAACCUUUACGCAGAUGAAAUAAAAAAACAAACGGACAAUAUUUGUCCUAUUGGUGAGGAUAAAAUAAGCGCAAUGUUCACAACAUGGAAUGAAAAAAAUAAAUCUUCGCCUUCUCCUUCGUCUUCAUGUAAUGGAGGUGGUAGUAAUAAUGUUUGUUUUAAAUGCAUAAGGGAACCAGAUUUUAGUGGUUGCAACCUCCUCGUUGACAGCAAUUUGGUGGAAAAAGCAAAUGGAAAUUGCACUGAUAAAGACAACAGAGACAAUGUCCAAACUCAAAUAAACAAACUCCUCAACGAAGACAGCAACCAAUCCCAAUCCAACUCCAUUAACAACACCAUGCAAAAAACAUUCUCCGAAAUCACUAAAAUGGACCACAAUUUCUGUACUCAAGUCCAAUGCGCCAUUAAAAAAAAAUUGAAGAUCAAAAAUGGACAAGCAACCUCAACCGGAACAACACAAUCUUGGAGUGACAUAGACGAGGACGCCAAAGGCGUCUUAAUGACACUCCUAGAACAAAUGACGGAAGGUCAGACUAAACCGGAAGUUACCACAUACUGUAACAACAGCAAAUGGGAUAAUGGCUAUAAAGAAGAUAAAACAAAUAAAGCAGCUUGUUUGCUUUUUGCUGCAGGACUGCAGCAUAUAUAUAAAAAUAAGACGAAGGACCAGUUUAAUGGCCCAUCGUUUGGACAAACCAUGGGUUGUUUAUUUCUUAAAGAAUAUGCAAAACAAUUGAAAGACUUGGCAAAAAUAAAGAAAACAUAUGAGGUACAUCCUAAAUGUAGCGUAGAUGAGGGCAUAGAUCAUGCUUUUGGUAAGAGUGCUGAAAUUAUGAGGAGUGUAUUAACUCAAUGCAACGGGAAUAGUAAUAAUUCUUGUUUUGAAUGCAAACUAAAUGGAGGUUAUGAAACUUGCAAAAUGGGCCAGGACAAUAUAGGAAAUAAAUCUAAAGAACUGUUCACAGAACCGACGAACAAAAAACAUAUGGAACAAACACUAGCGAAUACACUUUGUCCCAUCCUUCCUAUGGAUUUUCUUGCCCCUUUUGUUCCUUUGGCUCCUGUCUCUAUUGGCCUUUCUGCUAUGGCUUAUUACCUUUGGAAGUAUUUUGGUCCUCUUGGUAAAGGAGGACAACGUUUCAGAAGAUCUCCUGCUGAAAUUCCGGGUCCAUCAGUACAGGAACAAGUCCUCGAUCAUGUGGAUGAAGGUGCUUCACAUGAAUAUCGAUUGGUGAAGGAACGAAAACCUCGUUCUGCUCCAACAAGAACGAAACGUUCUGGUCACGUGAAUCGUCGAACAAUUAUUGAAAUUCAUUUUGAAGUGUUGGAUGAAUGUCAAAAAGGGGACACACAGUUGAACCAGAAGGAUUUUCUGGAACUUUUGGUUCAAGAGUUCAUGGGAUCCGAAUUAAUGGAAGAAGAAGAACAGGUUCCUAAGGAACUUGUUCCUAUGGAAGCGGUUCCUAUGGAACUUGUUUCUAUUGAAGAGGUUCCAAGUUUAGGUUCCCGGUUAAUGGUUUAA